UUCGGCCUGUUCUAAGAUUGUCCUCUUUCAAAAUUUGUCACUGUCUGACGCUGCAAGUCACUGCCCAAGUGCUGGAUUUCAACGACUUCGGAGUGAGACCGGGUUGGUUUUUCUGCAAAUAAAUAGGAGUAAAUCUCUCUGCGGUGAUCACACCCCUCCUCAACAAUCCUCCAGCACUCGUGUGUGGCCAGAAAGGAAAGCUUCAUUCAACAUGAAAUUCCUGCUUGCUGCCUGCAUCCUUGGGGUGGCUGUCUGUGCUCCAAUAUUCUCUCCUUCACAGCCGCAGAUGUACAUGGAGUUUGACAUCCGUCAUGCUCCGGCUCAGGCAGCUCAGGCAAUUCCUGCCGGAGCCCCACUUGGGACUCUAGAAGUUCUGCUCCCUGUUGAUGCCCAGAGGCAGCCUGUUGGAGGACCAGUCCGUGGCUUCAUCAAGCAGGAGGUCCUCCAGGCAAACGGCAUUGACACUAAGGAUGUGUUCUACCCCUUUGGUUUCGACCUGCCGGCUCCUGCUGCCCCUGUUGUUGUUGCUGAUCCCGUUGCUCCUGCAGCUGCAGCUCCAGCUGCUCCUGCAGCUCCUGCUGCUCCAGCCGCUCCUGCUGCUCCUGCUGCCCCUGCUGCCAGACCCAAAGGAGAUGAUGAUGAUGAUGACGAUGAUUAAACAUUCAGAGUCAGCAGGAUGUGAAACGGUGAACCAGCAGCCUACACCGGUGAAAGAUAACCAGCCAACACUUCUGUUUCCCAGAGUAUGAAAAAAAUAUGGUACAAUGCUUUCGAAAGAAUAAAAUGGUGCUAUGUGUUUCAAAGGAAGAAAA